AGGUUUUGUCUUGAUGGUGUGAUGUUGGGCGGCUCUUUUUCUUUCUUAGUAGCAGCUCGCAAACACUUUAAUCCACAUAAGCUCAUGAUGCUUCUCUAAAUCCAUCCAAUCUGUUGAGUGUCUAUACUUAACAGACCUACUCAACAAAUCUGGGUCAAUAUAUUGUACAGUGAAGCUGCGCAUUUACUCUUUCUACUGACACGAGGAUUUAGUCACAUUUUGUCGGAUUGACAGAAUUUGCCUGAAGCGAGCAUCGUCGUCAUGGGGUGCUGAGGUGGAACAAAACCAACAACUUGGGAGUUUGAAAAAGUGACCUCACUUUAGAAAAUGGAGCUCCGAGAUCAAUUGAAGAGCGAUUGGAGCCGGUUCUGUUGCAAUAAGCCACCCAUGGCGUUUGACGCCAGCGAAGAGCAGCAUCUUUUCUGCAGUGAGCUGGACAACGACGCUGCGAGGCCGGAGGGCAGUUCACAUUCAAACGGCAACAUCUGGAUGGACACUGAACCAGCCAGGUUUCAGGGCUGUAACAGUCACUCGUUUGCGAUGGAGGCAAGGAUGAGACUGGAUCAUUUGAAGUCAGGGUGCAAUUCACCCUCGCUUUGUCGUGCCACAGACGGGACAUUAUACAACUACAACUGUCAGAGAGACAUUUGGGACAGUGAGCCAAAAGAAGAAGAGUCUGCUUUGGACUUGGUAGAGCUCCUUGAUGUAGGGGACGAUGUGCAGGAUGAAGAGAGCUGGUUGUACGAGUCUCCAAAGAGGCAGGCGAUUGUGGAGAAAAGCGAGUCGGCUCUCAGAUGGUGCAGACGGGUCCUCGAUAAUCCCAGUCCUGAGGUGGAGGCAGCAUGUCGUCAACUGAUCAACAGGCUGCAUGAGAGAUCAAGCAGUCACUAUUACAGACAUCCUGCAUUUUUUCAUCACAGUGGCACUGCCACUGUGGGCACGUCAAAGGGAAAAUCGGCUCACACAACUCAGGACAACUCUGACAGUUCAGCUACCAAUGACUCCCCAAACACAAGCUACAGACUGGAGGACAUCACAGACGUCCGCAUAAUGGCUCGUAUACAGGAGGCCAGUUUACGGCAAGACUACUUUUCAACGCCUGCCGACACUCCUCCUCGGAGAAGCCCAGAGUCACCAUCUUAUUUCAACACAGCAGUAGAGAAUAUCAACGACCUAAUUCCAGGAAAUAGGAUUGAGGCGACAUCUUCCUCACACUGGCCGCCUCGCCUAUCUUCGCUGAGCUCUCCCUCUUGCCAGUUGCCAACAUCAUCAGAUGCUAAGCAGAGCUGCCAAAGUCCAAAACUGGCCCGACUUCACCAGCAGGUCACCCAGUUCAAGCUGCUUAAACUCGCACAGAAUCAAGCAACAUCAGCAGGCAGGACCAGGUCACCUGCGCGGACCAGCCUCCGCUCUCUCCAGGCUGUUAGGAACAGUCGAAGUCUGGACACCGACGACUGCAUCACUGCUGAUCAAAUCAGUCAUCCGCCAUCGGGUUUGAAUCUGUUGACUCACACUUAAAAAAUACAAAAAAGUAUAAUACCAACAAGAAGACACCACGUUUGUAAUGUUACAUGUACGUAAGCUUGUCCCUAGAGUGGCAACAGAAAUCACACCCGUUAAUCAACUGUCUUUGAAUCCCUUUUUCUGAAACAUCAUUCCCUCAGGUGUGUCAUCUACCAAAAUGGGGUCGAGUAGCUGGUCUCCAUCACUCGCUCCAUCGGUGAGAGACCCCUCGGUUCGGAUGGCGGCCAUGAAGAGGCCAGAGAGGUCUCAGUCUCACAGCCCCAGCAGGAUCACUCAGUCUGCUAAGGGCUACCUGUCUCGUCAUGGACGUGUUUUUGCCUCGUACGAGAAGUCGUCCCCUGUAGCUUGGACGAGCAGCGCACCAUAUUCUCAUCGUUGAAAGACGUCCCCAGUGAAUCCCUGAUACUUAAGCUUAUAGAAUAAUAGAGUAUAAUGCAAACUUAAAGAAAUUCACAUAUUAUUUUUUAAAAAUUUACCUGUAUGGAUGAUAAGCCUGCCUAAUUAUAUAAAUCCUUCAGUUCAUGGCAUGUUGCUCAUAGAUAACGUGUGUACCACAUCUGUGUGAAGUUUCCAUUACAUGGGCUGCGAUUUUAAAUCGUCUUCCUCUUUGUGUAGCUGGCACCGUUGUGAGCAACACCUGAUAGCAGCAUCCUGUAGGGGUGGAAUUUAAACCAGGACACUAGAGCUGCAAUUAACUAUUAUUUCCAUUAUCGAUUAUCUUCUUAAUUAGUCGAUCUGUUGUUUGGUCCAUAAAAUGGUGAAAAAUGUUGAUUGUGUUUCCACAACCAAAAGAUGAUGUUUUGUUUUGUCCACACACCAAAGAGUCAGUUUACUGUCAUAGAGGAGCAAAGAAACCAGAUAAUAUUCACAUUCAAGAAGCUGAAAUCCUUUUGAUUGAUUACUAAUCGAUUAACUGUUGUUCUCUGCACAAAAACCCUAAAAUAUGUGGACUAUCGCUAAAUAAAUAAAUAGUUAAA